GGCUGAUCUGGCUACAAUAAUAGCUCAAAAAAAAAAUCUCUGAAAUGCUGAAUUUCAGAUUUAGAUUGCCACUUUCAGUCAAAAUUUCCAUUGAUAAAAUACUAAUAUUUUAAUAUCGUUUACUUGAAAACUUUUGUACUUAACAACAACAAAUGAAAUAUUUCUAUUCUAAUACGUGCGAUGAGACUGAAUUCAAGAUCACACUAAUGUUAAAUGCUCAGAAAACAUGAUCAUUAUUAGCAUCUUCAGUUUUUCUUUGACUUGUGCCCAAUGCACAAGACUUUAGUGAAUUUGAAUUAAUUUCUUGCAGUUACUGAAGAGCGAUGCAAUGAAGUUGGGAUUCUUGUCUUUGACCUUUUUGCGAACCUGGGAGCUUCAGGUUGUAUGACAUGAUAUUUGUGCUCUUAUGUCAUUGAAUUUAAUCCUUAUCUGGUAAAAGCAUUUUAUUUAUGUAGAGGCAUAGCCGCAUAUAGUUGUGAUGGGCAUAUGAUAUCAGUGGUUAUUUUCUUCAUUGUUACCCUCCUUUAUUUUCAGAGGAACAAUUAGAUUUUCCUGUUCUUUAUGCCUCUGCUAAAGAAGGAUGGGCUUCAUCGGCUUAUACAAAGAGUCCACCAAACAAUGCCAAAGACAUGUCUGAAUUGUUCGAUACAAUUGUACGCCAUGUUCCUCCACCAACUGCCAAUCUGGAUGCACCUUUUCAUAUGUUGGUUGGUACCCAGACCGUCAAUGCUCUAGAUCAAUACUUGCAAAAAACAUUAUGCCCGCAUUAUGUCCGCAUUAUGUCCUUGUAGUGUAGAAACAUGUGCAUUAGUAUAUUUACUAUGUUAAUUACUGCCUGUUAAGUGUUCCUUUUUUUGGAGUACAAUUAUGCUUGCUUAUAGGAGUAUAGGACCUAAAUCGCUUGCUGAUGAGUUGAAUGUCCUUUUAACCAGAUUGUUUUAGUCAAAAACUUGUGUCAGUCAUCAACUGAUUUACUCACACAGCUAUAUUUCUUCCCAAAUUGGAAAGUUACAAAAAAGAGAACAAAACAGGAAAAAAGAAGUAAACAAGGCAUAAAUCUUUGAUAUAUGGUUUUACUUUUUCUUCAGCUUGAGAAAUGUUUGAGAUAGUUGAUGUUGAACGUUAAGUUUUCUCCUCAUAUUUUACAUAUUUAAUUACUUAAUUUUUACAGCUCUCUCAUUACCUCAUGCAUUGUGCAGAGAGGUGUAAACAAAAGAUUCCGGUUUAGAAGACAUUCGUGUCAAGGCUUUCAAAAAUCAUUUCGAAGACCGUAUUCUACCUCUUCCACCCUUCAAGUUGGUUCUAAUAUCAUAAUUUUCAACUAUAGUAGUGGGCACGUAGGGCCAUACACCGGAACCUUUAAUAGGUUCCGCCCUGCACGUAUCAUUCUCUUUGCAAAGGACUGUAUUGAUGAAGAUGUGCUGAUUAGAAUAUGUAGAAGUGACGAUAAUGACAAUGUCAUUAGGGUUUUGUGCAUCGAGUUUGUGUUGAAAAGCAUAUUAUGUGCAUUGGCUCAACCAAACAUGACAUUAAAAGAAUUUUUUGCGCUACCGUAUAUUCACACGAACAACGUUGAUAUUAUGAGGUUUGUGUUUCAUUAAUAAUUUGAUUGUGUUUGUAAUUUUUUAAAUAUAGAGUUGUUUAACCUUUAAUCUUUUCCAUAAAUAAUAGGGGUAUUCUUCUAGGCUUGAUGUAUUUGCACCAGAGAGGCAUCACAUUGCCAAACUUGAAUUACGACAACAUUCUAGUUGUGAAAGAAAAGUCAAUGUUUAAAGCUAAGAUAUCUAGCAUAGAGGCUGCUAUACAUGGGAGUCACCGAAGAAAGGAAAUAGAUAUGCAUAAAGUUGGUUUGAUCUUUUAUCACAUACUGGCCGGAGAGUUGCCUAAAGAUCAGAUCCAUUUUAACAUUUAUAUACUGAAUGAAAAUUGUCUAAAUGUUGAAGAGGCUAGACACCUUUUAACUUUGCUUGUUCACCCGAGUCCAUCACGUAGGUAAUGCACUAAAUAUUGUCAAAAAGAAAGUUAUAAAC